AUGCCGCUAAACCAACCAAGCAACCAAAUAAAGCUAACAAAUGUAGCGAUAGUCCGCUUGAAGAAAGGCGGAAGAAGAUUCGAGAUAGCCUGUUACAAGAAUAAAGUUAUGGAAUGGCGUAAUGGGGUAGAAACCAAUAUCGACGAAGUUCUGCAAAUUAAUAAUGUUUUCUUCAACGUAUCUAAAGGCCAGGCAGCAUCUAAAGAUGAUCUCAAGAAAGCAUUCAAAACAGAGAAUCUUAAUGAGAUAACAGAAGAGGCAACCACUAUUGUAGCUGAAAAGUGUGUAAACCCCGAGACAAAACGACCUCAUACUGUCUCCAUGAUCGAAAAAGCCAUGGGGGAAAUACACUAUUCAGUCAAACCCAAUAAGAGUGCAAAGUCUCAGGCUCUUUAUGUGCUCAAAAGUCUUCAAGAGGCGAACAUCAUACCAAUUGCACGAGCCCAAAUGCGACUAAGAAUAGUUAUUCCCAACACCAGAGAAGCAAAAAAAGUUAAAGAGAAGUUAGUACCAUUGAUUGCCAACAUUGAGGAUGAAGACUGGUCUGCUGAAUAUGAACUGGCUAGUAGGGCUACUUCGUCAUCAGAUAGCAGAAAAGUCUUGGUAAACUGGGCCGACAACUCUGCAAGUACAUUUCAUAACUUAUGGCUGAGGGAUCAUUGCAAGUGUCCCAAGUGCUUUCACCAAUUGACAAAUCAACGGUUACUUGAUACCUUUGAGAUACCCGAAGACAUUGGAGUCAGAUCCCUGGAAAUAAAAGAUAAUGGACUGGAAAUUACCUGGGCAAAUGACAAUCACAAGAGCUUCUACAAAUGGAGUUGGCUACUACAAAAUUCCUAUAAUCCACCUUUAAGAUCACAGAAUUUGUUUCAUACUAAGAAGGUUUUAUGGAAUGCUGACAUAUCCAGAAAUCCUCCAACCGUAAAUUAUAAGCACGUAAUGAAUUCGACUGAUGGACUCAAGGAAUGGUUAACGAAGAUUAAUACACAUGGCCUAUGCUUUGUAGAAGACGUACCGCCAACUAACAAAGACACUGAAGAGCUUACCAAUAAAAUAAGCUUCAUUAGAGAAACACACUAUGGCAAGCAUAUCAUUUUCUGGGAAUCAACAUCUAAUUUAUUACACGGAGACACAGCAUACACAAAUUUAGCACUCAAGGCUCAUACGGAUACGACAUAUUUCACUGAUCCAUGCGGUCUACAACUCUUUCAUUUGAUAGAAUUCACUGGAGAAGGUGGCAUGUCGCUAUUUGUUGACGGCUUCCAGACUGCAUCCCUGCUCAAACAACAACACCCCGAUGCGUAUUCUCUCCUCUCCCGCACCUCAAUUCCUACUCACAGUGCUGGCGAUACUAAUGUUUGUAUCAUGCCAACUCCACGAGCUUUUCCUAUCUUUAAUCAUGAGCCUCGUUCUGGAAUCUUAUACCAGAUCAGAUAUAAUAACAAUGACCGUUCAGUAAUUGAUCAUCUUCACCCGGACGAGAUUGAACCAUUUUAUGACGCAUUGAGAAAGUGGAACGCCAUUCUCCAGGACAAGCGGAACGAAUAUUGGGUGCAACUGAAACCUAGGAAAGUUGUUAUAUUUGAUAACUGGCGCGUUUUACAUGGAAGAUCAGCCUUCAGUGGUUAUAGGAAGAUGGUUGGUGCGUAUCUGGGAUGGGAUGAUUACCAAAGCAAAUUAAGAAUACUGACAAAUGGAGAUGAAAUUAAGGCGAGUUUAUAA